UAAACUGAUGAAAAAUACUUAUGGAUAUUAUAACGGAACAAGAAUUCGACUCUGCUCUGGAUUUGUCUAUAUUAACAGAUGAUAUGGAAAAAUUGCUUAAAAGUGAAAAACGAAAAAAAUUCAUAAAAAAUUCAAAUCAUAAUCCUGACCUAAUGGAACGUUUGACCAUGCGUGCAAAACGUGCCAAAUUGAAAUCAAGGCAUGGCCAGACCGCAGAAUUAUAUGAUCAAUUUUAUCGAGAUCAUAAGUUAUUGCUAAAACUAUUUGUAAUACUCGGAGUGAUGCCUUUGGCACGGCAGGCGGGACGAGUAACUUUUAGUUGGAAAUCGUAUCAGAUGUAUUAUGCUUUCAUCUUUUACAUACUAACAACUUUGGUGGUUUUAAAAGUAGGUUCUGAGCGCGUCAAACUUUUGCGUAUAACCAACGAGUAUGACGAAUACAUUUACGCUAUAAUAUUCAUAUUGUUCCUACUGCCUCACUUUUGGAUUCCUUAUGUGGGCUGGGGUGUAGCCAGUCAAGUAGCAAAGUACAAAAGCAUGUGGGGUACAUUUCAAGUACGCUAUUACCGUGUGACGGGUACAACUCUAGUUUUCCCUACUCUUAAAAUAGCAAUUGUUAUUUUGUUUAUUGGUUGUGUUUUGCUUUCAAUUCUUUUUCUAUUUAGUCUCAGUCAGCUUUUAGAUGAUUUUUUACUCUGGCAUACUACUGCCUACUUUCACAUUAUAACGAUGAUUAAUAUGAACGCUGCCCUAUUUUACAUUAACUCGAAAGGUACGAAAAUUGCUUCGAAAAGUUUAUCGGAUUGUUUUAGAAAGGAUAUGCGAGUCGAAUGCAACUAUAUUAUGAUAAAACAAUACCGGCUUUUGUGGCUUAAUUUAAGUGAAAUUUUACAGGCGCUAGGCAAUGCCUACGCUCGCACUUAUUGCACUUAUUGUCUCUUCAUGUCGAUAAACAUUACCAUCGGUUCUUAUGGCGCAUUAUCAGAAAUUUUGGAAUUCGGUUUCUCUUAUAAAGUUUUGGGCUUAGUAGUAUUAACAAUUUACUGUGCUUCAUUGCUGUUUAUCAUCUGUGACUGUGCACAAAGUGCUACUUCCGUGAUGGCUGAAGGUGUACAAUCGACUCUGCUUUCGCUUAAUUUACUCCAACUGGACGUACAAACUCAAAAGGAAAUUGAUCAUUUCAUCUCGGCUAUAGAACUAAACCCUCCAGUGGUUAAUUUGCGAGGUUAUGCGUUAAUAAAUCGUGAACUAUUAACUGCGACUAUUUCAACUAUUGCGAUUUAUCUCAUAGUGUUGUUACAAUUUAAACUUAGUAUUGUGGCGCAAAAGUGUUUACAAGACUCGUUGCAAUCAGCUUACAAUUGAUGACCAUA